GAAAUGUCAUUAAGUUGAUUAAAAUUUCUAUCUGUAACUAGCAUACAGAUAAUUACUUAUCUUCCGUGACAAUAUAAGAAGAUGAUUAAUCAAGUUUAUUCAGAUCAAAUUCUCGUAUUAAGUUUUAAGUUUCUAGUAAUAAUAUAUUCGAUCUUUUAUUUCAUCGGAAAGAUUGAGAUUCAAUCUAACAUGAUGUAAUCGAACAGUUGUAAUCGUAUUUGAUUUAAGACCACAUAAUGUCAGUUGUAUAUAAGGACUAUUGGAUUACAUACCUGAUCGGACGUCUGUUUUUUUUCUUUCACUGUCUGGAACACAUUAGCGUGAUUUUAUUACUUCAGGAUUGUGGUCUGUAGUCGCGUUUGGAAUCUCAUUGCACAAGGAUGGAACGAUGGAUUGGAAAAGUGGCUGUGGUUACUGGAGCCAGUGCUGGAAUCGGUGCAGCAAUCGCUCGAAGUUUCGUUAAACAAGGUAUGAUAGUGGCGGGUCUCGCAAGGAGAGUGGAGAGAAUUAAGGAAAUUGCUGACAACUUAGAAGAUUCCCCGGGAAAACUCUAUCCCGUGGAAUGCGACGUCACUAAGGAAGAGAGUGUAAUCGCGGCUUUUGCAAAGGUUAAUGCUGAUCUUGGACCAUUAAGCGUUCUCGUGAAUAGCGCCGGUAUCAUUAAGGAAUCCUCGCUUAUAGACGGCACUUUGGACGAGUGGCAGUCUGUAUUCGACGUGAAUGUUUUGGGACUUUGCCUCUGCACGCGCGAAGCCGUUCGUACGAUGCGUGAAACUGCUGCUGAGGAUGCCGUGGUGAUCCACGUGAAUAGUUUGGCUGCCGAGAGGAUACCUUUCGUACCAGGAUUCAGUGUAUAUCCUGGGUCGAAACGCGCUGUCACCGGCCUUGCCCAGACUUUGCGACACGAGCUUGCAGGCACGCAUAUACGGAUCACGAACAUCAGUCCCGGUUUAGUCGCGACCGAUUUCAUGGCCUCUUACAGCAUGUUCUCUCCAGAAGCAAUGGCGAUGAUGCUGACUUUGGAUCCGAAUGAUGUUGCGGCAGCUGCGAUUUAUGUGCUAUCCAAUCCUCCUCACGUUCUGAUUACGCGCGACCGACCCCUUAAUCGGCGAGAGCCACAAUUUCAGCGCGGUAUAAAAAGGUGUCGUGGACGAGGUUUGGCAUGCAGAAGCUUCCCAGAAGCGGUGCAAGCAGUAUUUUCUCUCUUGCGAUUCUUCAAUUGUUGUCAGCCAAAAAUGAAUCCUCUGUUGAACAAGACCGCUCUCAUCACCAGCGCCUGCGACGGAAUCGGCAAGGCAAUCAUAGAAGAGUUGAUGUCGAAGGGUCUCAAAGUCAUCGGUCUCGGCCGCGACAUGAAUCAGCUGAAGUUGCUCGCGGAAGAAUUAAAGGGCAAACCCGGUAAAUUCUAUCCCCUUCAAUGCGACUUGAGCCUUCAGAAUGAUAUCGAGGUCGUGUUGGAGUGGAUAGAAAAAAAUUUGGGAGCUGCAGACAUUCUGAUAAAUAAUGCGGCUAUCAAUCUCGAUUGGUCCACCAUCAGCGGCGGAAUAGAGGAGUUUAAGAAGACUCUCGACAUUAACUUGCUCGGUUUAACAUGUAUCACUAAAGGAAUUUUGCAGUUAUUGAAGAAUAAGGGACUCGAUAACGGUGCCAUUGUUAAUAUUAAUGACAUAUGCGGAAUUAAGAGUUUGCCUCUUGCUUCCGAUCGUCCUAUUUCCCCGGCAUAUGCUGCCAGUAAAUCAGCGUUGACCGCAUUAACAGAGUCUCUUCGUUAUGAACUGGCGCAAAACGAGUCUAACAUUAAAAUAAUCAAUAUUUGCCCGGGUUUGGUGGAGACUGAGUUGACCCAGCAGUGGCUAAAAGAAAAUCCUCGAUUGGCCCUGAAACCAAAGAAUGUGGCAGAUGCUAUUCUCUUCUCGCUGCAAACUCCAGAUAACGUGCUUAUUAAGGAUCUCAUCAUUACGCCCAUUCGUGAGAUUAUUUAA